UCCGGCGGGCGCGAGGCGGCGGCGGCCCGAGCCCGGCCCAGCCUCGUCCCGCCCGGGCCCGCCCGGACUCGACCCCGGCCCCGGCUCGACUGGACGCACCCAGCCUCGCCCCGGCCCCGGCCCGGCGCCUCCCCAGGGAGCGGCGCUGCCGGCCGAACGCAGGCCCGGCCAUGACCGACUUCAAAUUGGGCAUCGUGCGGCUCGGCCGGGUGGCCGGGAAGACCAAAUACACACUGAUAGAUGAACAAGACAUCCCGCUGGUGGAGAGCUACUCCUUUGAGGCCCGAAUGGAAGUAGAUGCAGAUGGAAAUGGUGCUAAGAUAUUUGCAUAUGCCUUUGACAAAAACCGAGGAAGGGGCUCCGGAAGGCUUCUCCAUGAGCUGCUGUGGGAGCGACACAGGGGAGGCAUCGCUCCGGGGUUUCAGGUGGUACAUCUCAAUGCUGUGACUGUGGACAAUCGCCUGGACAACCUGCAGCUGGUGCCCUGGGGCUGGCGGCCCAAAGCUGAAGAGACCUCCAGCAAACAAAGGGAGCAAAGCUUAUAUUGGCUCGCAAUUCAGCAGCUUCCCACGGACCCCAUAGAAGAGCAGUUCCCAGUCCUGAACGUGACCCGGUACUACAACGCGAACGGGGACGUGGUGGAAGAGGAGGAGAACUCCUGCACCUACUACGAGUGCCGCUACCCUCCCUGCACGGCGAUCGAGCAGCAGCUCCGGGAGUUCAACAUCUGUGGGCGCUGCCAGGUGGCCCGAUACUGCGGCUCCCAAUGCCAGCAGAAGGACUGGCCCGCCCACAAGAAGCAUUGUCGGGAGAGGAAGCGUCCCUUCCAGCAUGAGCUUGAGCCAGAGCGAUGACGGGCAGCGGAACUGCCACCGCUGCAUGCUCGCAGCUUCUGGGCUCUUCCUUGGGCACAGUGGAGACAGACUGGUGGUUGAACCUGGAAGUGCCGAAGAAGCCAGCAGCGGGUCCAGAAGAGCUGCCAUGAGACUCCCGAUGUUACAUGCUGUCUGUGUGGGGACAGCACCCCCUGCAGUGUUAAUCUCCAGCAGAAACAACCAGGGAAGCUCCCACCAGGACAUUUCUCAUUAUUUAUAUGUUAAUAUGUUUGUAAACUCAUGUACAGUUUUUUUGGGGGGAGGCAGUGGGAGGGUUAGAAAUUACAAAUAGAAUCAUUUGCUGUAAUCCUCAAAUGGCAAAGGGCAGGCCACACAUUUGAAAACUGUCAUGUAGCUGAAGGUUCUCUCCUGGGCCGUGGGAGCCCCAUAGGGUGUGGCCAGCAUGGAAGUCAUGUCCAGAAGGGCAAAGUAAAGGGGCGGAGUCAUCUCA